UUUGCAUUAAUUUUACGAUCUAGGUUUUCAAACUCAACUCACCACCCGAAACCCCAUCUUUCACGACUCUUCCCCUUCAUCUUUAUAUAAGAGCCUUUUCGUCUGAUUAGUGUUUUUCCAAAUUUGUUUCUGGGUCUCCAGAAUUCAAUCGAGAAAUCUCGAAUAAUUCAUAUAAGGUAUUAAGUUCAUACUUAAUAAACUUUGAAUCUUGGGAGGGUUUGAGAAUCAUAUGGGGAAAUCUGGGGGUAAGAAAAAGAAGAGUGAUGCUAACCAAAGCCAGAAGGUAUCUGGGAUAGAUAAUAAUUCCACCCCUAUUGUUAAUGGAGGUGUUGAUUUGGAUUCCUCUAUUUUCUUGAAAAGAGCCCAUGAGCGAAAAGAAGAGGGAAAUAAAAGGUUUCAGGCUAAGGAUUAUAUUGGUGCUCUUCAGCAAUAUGAGAAUGCCCUCAAAGUUACCCCAAAAAUGCACCCAGAUCGAGCUGUAUUCCAUAGUAACAGGGCAGCUUGUUUGAUGCAAAUGAAGCCUAUAGAUUAUGAUACUGUGAUAUCUGAGUGUGCCAUGGCACUUCAGGUACAGCCUCAGUUUGUCCGGGCCCUUCUAAGAAGGGCUCGUGCAUUUGAGGCUAUUGGUAAGUAUGAAAUGGCUACGCAAGAUGUGCAAGCGCUGCUGGUUUCUGAUCCAAAUAAUCAAGAUGCCUUAGAGAUAUCAGGGCGAUUGAGGAUGGUACUUGGCCCACGUCAAGAGGCCCAGCAGGAUCUCCAGAGCCGUCCUUCACCAGCUGCUCUUGGGGCCUCUGCCGUUGGGGCACCAAUAGCUGGCCUUGGAUCUUGUUUGUCAGCCAGAUCUGUGCCUAAGAAGCAGGCAUCUGCUGUACCAGCUACUAGUAGUAAGUCAGAAAAGCUUUAUCCAAUACCACAUACUGAGAAUGGUCCUGAGACGAAGGCCCAAUUACCGCAAGUUGUCUUGAAGCCUUCAAAUAGUUCUUCAAAACCCUAUACAAAUGCUAAUAAGGACAACCAAAAGGAACGGUCAAGUUCUUCAUCAUCGUCGAUUCUCAUUCCUGGGCUAGCUGCUGGGGCUGUGUCUCAAUGGAGGUCGCUGAAGCUUGUAUAUGAUCAUGACAUAAGGCUUGCUCAAAUGCCAGUGAACUGUAGCUUUCGAGUUUUGAGGGAGAUAGUUGGCAAACGUUUUCCUAUGUCGAAAUCAGUACUGAUUAAAUAUAAGGACAAUGAUGGUGACUUGGUGACGAUAACAGGUACAAAUGAACUUAGAAUUGCAGAGUCCUGUGUCGACAACCUUAUUCCAAAACACCCUGACAAAGAUAAAGGAGACUCCGUUGGGAUGUUGAGAUUGCAUGUCGUUGAGGUGAGCCCAGAGCAAGAGCCUCCUGUGUUGGAAGAGGAAGAAGAGAAGCCUCUCGAGAGUGAAGGAACUAAAGGAGAUGAGAGUGUAUCACAAUCUUUGACCGGUGAUUCUGCUUUGGAAGCUUUAGAUGCUGAGAUUGAUAAGGCCGAAAAGACAAUUCUGAAGGGGAAAACUGGAAAACCAGAGGACCUUGCAUGCAAGGAGGUGGAGAUGGAUGAUUGGCUAUUUGAGUUUGCACAGCUAUUCCGUAGCCACGUUGGCAUUGAUCCUGACACUCAUGUAGAUCUGCAUGAGCUCGGGAUGGAACUAUGUUCCGAAGCCCUUGAGGAAACAGUUACAAGUGAAGCAGCCCAAAGCCUUUUCGACAAGGCUGCUCUGAAGUUUCAGGAGGUGGCUGCUUUGGCUUUUUUCAAUUGGGGAAAUGUUCAUAUGUGUGAAGCAAGGAAACGGAUUCCAAUUGAUGAAUCAGCUUCAAAGGAAUUGAUGGCUAUUCAGCUACAAACUACAUAUGACUGGGUAAGAGAAAAAUACUCUCUUGCCAGAGAGAAAUAUGAGGAGGCAGUCUUGAUCAAACCAGAUUUUUAUGAAGGUUUGUUGGCACUGGGGCAGCAACAAUUUGAAAUGGCAAAACUUCAUUGGUCCUUUGUAUUGGCCAAAAAAGAAGAUCUGUCGAACUGGGAUCCUGCCAAGACUAUUGAACUUUUUGACAGUGCAGAGAUUAAACUGAAAGCAGCAACUGAAAUGUGGGAAAAGCUGGAAGAGCAGAGAGCAAAAGAAUUGAAGGGUCCUAAUAUGAAUAAGAAGGAUGAACUGUCAAGGAGAAGGAAGAAGCAGGGUAGUGAUGCGGAAGGCGAUUCCUUGGCAGUAGGUGGUCAAGGCGAAAUUUCAGCCGAAGAAGCGGCAGAGCAAGCUGCUGUUAUGAGAUCUCAAAUCCAUCUAUUUUGGGGGAACAUGCUUUUUGAGAGAUCUCAGGUCGAAUGUAAAUUGGGCUUGCCAGGUUGGAAGACGAACCUGGAUACCGCAGUCAAGCGAUUUAAACUUGCUGGGGCCUCCCAAGCUGACAUCUUAACAGUUCUGAAAAAUCAUUGUUCUAACGUGGAAUCUGCGGAAAAGAAUCAGAAAAAGAUUGAGGAACUGAAUAUAGAAAUGGCUGAUAAAGGAGAUGGUGAAAGUGUAGUCUGUCACAUUUCUGGGGGAGUAAUAUGAUUUUAGGCAUUGCCUUGGGUGAUGCCUUACAAUUUCUUGUGUUUCGAUUGGAAAAAAGCGCCUUCUAUAUGCAGAAUACUAGAGAAAAAUGUUCUAUCAUGCCUUUGAAGAAGAAAAUUGACUACCCCUGUAACCUCUUGACUAUCAAGCUGAUUCUAAUUUUUUGCUUUGAACUUUUGCCCAAAUUUAUGUCUGUUUCAUCAAUUACAUGAAACCGAAGAUCUUUCUUAGAAGAGAAAAAAGAAAUUGCUGAGCCACACCAUUCUUUAACUAUAUAUGUGGCUUAAUUUUUGGAUCUCUUUUCAAAUGAAAAGCAGAAUUAUGAUAUUUUCACCUACCCGAUAUCUAGAAAGAUGCCAUGUUGAUUCCAUGAAUUACUUGGAAAACCUCCUAAGAUCCACCAAUCUGGAAAAGAGAUGAAUUUAGAUGUUCAAACGUUAAAUUGUUUUGCACAUGGAUUAUUAUGAAAUUCCUCAUUAUUACAUCAAAGAUUAUCCUGCUCAUCGAAAAAUGAGAUUGUAGUUGAAUGAUGACAUAUUUUGUUUUUGUCAUUAUGCUUUUUUAUGAUUCAGUAAAUAUUGUGUAGUUCUUUGGA